AUGCUUCUGUUUCGAACUUUGCGGGCUUCGGUGGUACCCUCGCCAGGAAUGUGUACUGCACGCCUGUUUUCGACGCGUUAUUACUCGCAGGUGAAGGAAGCUACAACGCCCACACCAAUCAACGUCCAGAUGCUCAAAGUGGUGCCCAACGACGCCGAUCUGGUCACUUUGGAAAAGCAGGACGCGCUGAUCAAGAGACGCCGUAAGCUGUCCAAAGAAAUUACAAAGCUCAAGAAGCUCAAACCCGUUUCUCCAGGUUUGAGGUGGUAUCGUGCGCCCAUAUACCCUUACUUACAUAAGGGGAGGCCUGUCCGCUCUCUAACUGUCGCUAAGAGAGGCACUGGUGGUCGGAACAACUCAGGUAAAAUCACUGUUCGUCACCGUGGUGGUGGGCAUAAAAGAAGAAUCCGGAUCGUCGACUUCUCGAGGUUCAAGCCUGGCGAACAGACCGUUCAAAGAAUCGAAUACGACCCAGGCAGAUCUGCUCACAUUGCCCUUUUGAAGCAUAACAAGACCGGUGAGCUUUCCUACAUACUUGCAUGUGAUGGUUUGAGAGCAGGAGAUACCGUUGAGUCUUACAGAAAUGGUGUGCCCGAGAAUUUGCUGCAAGAAAUGGGUGGGAAAAUCGAUCCAGCUAUUCUCAGCGUGCGUACUGCCCAGAGGGGUAACUGUCUACCUAUUUCCAUGAUUCCUAUCGGUGCAAUCAUCCACAACGUGGGUAUCACUCCCGUUGGUCCUGGUAAAUUCUGUCGUGCAGCCGGUACUUAUGCCCGUGUCAUUGCAAAAUUCCAGGAUAAGAAAAAGGCCAUCGUUCGUUUACAAAGUGGAGAGCAACGUUAUGUGUCGCUAGAAGCAUGCGCAACAUUAGGUGUUGUCUCUAACAUUGAUCAUCAGAAUAGGUCCCUUGGUAAAGCAGGAAGAUCUAGGUGGAGAGGUAUAAGACCAACCGUCAGAGGUGUAGCCAUGAAUAAAUGUGACCAUCCUCAUGGUGGUGGUAGAGGUAAGUCCAAAUCCAAAAAACUGUCUAUGUCUCCAUGGGGACAAUUGGCUAAAGGUUAUAAAACCAGAAAGGGUAAAAACCAGAACAGAAUGAAGGUCAAAGACAGACCUAGGGGUAAGUCCGGCAAGGCUAUGAGACAAUGA